CACCCUCUAGACCUGCCAGCGCUCAGACAUUCCCGGUAUGUCUUUCAUCCUAUGCUUUUCUCAUCGUGCCUCGCCUGACGCACAGUCACGGGCGCAUCAUCGGCCCUGGCAGGCGAUUGGUGCGCGCGGCGGCGCCCAGCCCCCUGGCCGUGCAUCGCCAACGGGCGCCAUGGCGGAGCCGAGCGCCUUCGGGGUCGCCUUUGCGCUCGCCGGCAGCGCUCUGCCGCCGCAUCCCGGGGCGGCCCGCCCCGCCCUGUCAGGCGCCGGCGCGGCCGAGCGGGCGGGCUGGCGGGCUGCAGCCCCACCUCGGGAGGCGCAGGCGCGCGCGCCAUGGGGCGCCGGCGUGCUGGCCGCGCCGGCGGCGGCCGCCGCGGCGGCGGCCCUCAGCGGCCCGCGGCGCCGGCGGGGAGGCGGCAGGGACGGCGGCAGGGCGGCGCGGGCGGCCAAGCCCCGGAAGAUUUUGUAUUCGGAGGACGGGCGCAAGGCGCUGAUGAGGGGUAUCGACAAGCUGGCGGACACCGUGGCGGUGACGCUCGGCCCGAGGGGCCGCAACGUGCUGCUGGACAAGGGCGAAUACUCGGCGCCCCAGAUCGUGAACGACGGCGUGACCAUCGCCAAGGAGAUCGAGCUGGAGGACCAGGUCGAGAACACCGGCGUGCAGCUUAUUCGGCAGGCAGCCUCCAAGACCAACGAUGUGGCAGGGGACGGCACUACGACUGCAACGGUCCUCGCCAGGGCGAUGGUCAAGAACGGCCUCAGGUUUCUUUCCGGAGGCGCCAACCCUGUGGGCAUCAAGAGCGGAAUGGAGAAGGCUUCCAGUUUUGUAGUCGGGAAGAUACAGGAGUACUCUGUCGCGGUCGGUGACGGAGACCUCGAUCAGAUCGCCUGCGUGGCAGCCAUCUCGGCUGGUGGUGAUACAGAAGCAGGCCAGAUGAUUGCUGAUGCCAUGUCGAAGGUUGGUGGCAGUGGCGUCAUUUCUUUGGAGGAGUCGCAGUCCACUGAGACAGAGGUCGAGCUCACCGAAGGGAUGAACGUGGACAAGGGCUACCUAUCUCCGUAUCUCGUCCUUGACGCAGCCAACCCAGCAGCAAAGCAGUGGGAGGCGAACGGCCCAUUGGUCUUGGUCACGGACCAGAAGAUAUCUUUCGCGCAGAAAGAGCUCAUCCCAAUACUCACCAUCGCGAAACAGGCUGCCAAACCCGUACUCAUCGUGGCCGACACCAUCGAGAAGGAGGUGUUGGCGACGCUCAUUUUGAACAAGCUGCGGGGCAUUGUGGAUUGCUGCGCCAUCCAGGCACCCGGCUUCGGAGACAACCGCAAGGCCAUCCUUCAGGAUAUCGCGCUGGUCACGGGCGCCACGUACAUCACCAGCGAGCUUGGCCGCACCUUGGAGAGCGUGGAGUUCGAGGAUUUCGGCCAGGCCAGGCGCAUUACAGUCAAGAAGGAUUCGACCACCAUUGUGGCUGACGCUCCCAAGGAAGCGCUUGAGGAGCGCUGCGCUCAGAUCAAGCUGCAGAUCGAGGAGACGAAGAGCUCGUACACGAAGGAGCAGCUCGAGAAGCGGUUGGCGAAGCUCGUGGGCGGCGUGGCCCUGAUCAAGGUGGGCGCCACCACAGAAACGGAGCUGAAAGACAAGAAGCUGCGUCUGGAAGAUGCCAUCAACGCGACCAAGGCCGCCAUGGACGAGGGCGUCCUGCCGGGUGGUGGCACGGCUCUGUGCCACCUCUCAAAGGACUUGCGCUCCUGGGCCGAGUCGAGCCUCGCGGGGGACGAGCUGAAGGGUGCCCUCAUAGUCGCGGACGCCAUGGUGGCUCCCAUGAUGAAGAUCGCGGAGAACGCUGGCCGUAACGGCGAGAUGAUAGUGGAGAAGGUGUUGGAGCAUUCGGACUUCAAGUACGGUUACGACGCCUUGUUGCAGGAGUUCACGGACAUGACGGCGCGGGGCAUCAUCGAUCCUGCGAAGGUCACCCGCUCGGGGAUUCAGAAUGCAACCUCGAUAUCUUCUAUGAUUCUGACAACCGAGACAGUGGUUGUUGACGCCCCGGAGAAGUCUGGCUCCAAGGGUGAUGCCGCCGACGACGACUACGACGACGACUACUGAGACUUUUCUUGACAAGGGUGCUCGCGAUGUCCAUGGGCCCUCUGCGGAAGAGCCCUCUACAUUUGAGAAGGACGUCUUGGUCCAUCCUCGGUCAUCGGGGCUCCCUUCGCUUGAGAAUGGCAUCCUCGCUAUGCUCACUCAAUUUUGUAGCGCACUUUUCGCCAGAACUUGUACAGCUCGCACGAAUGCACGGCACGACCUCCCGUGCAGCUCGUCCUGCCUCGCAGAGCCUCGUUACUGCUUGAGUCCGCACCGAGCACCCUGCUGUCUGGUGGUAUUGCGUGGCACGCGCCAUUUUGUAGAGGUGGGGUAGGGAGGAUGUUUUGAGACGCGCCGACGGUGCCGUGCUUGAGCAGCGCUUGAUACCCACAAAGACUUUGCAGCCAGCGCGUGUUGUAAACAUAAUGCCAGGUCAGAUCGUCGAGAUGGCAAGGGAGUGUCGCGACAGGCAGUGGCCCGCACCGCGCCCCUUACCGCAAAGCGGCACCCCAGGUCGCUGCACACCCGUCCGCAGCGCGUCUGCGAAGCCCUCGGUCGUCCAUCAUCCCGUCCCGCACUCAGUCUGCAAUGGCACGCCAGACCCUGGAUCUCGCAA